GUACAGGGACAUUCGCACGAGUAUGUCUUUGUAGAGAUAAAGUGACUUCCAGCUACUAUGCCUUAAAGAUAUUAGAAAUGGCUGAUGUAAUCAAACUAAAGCAAGUAGAACACGUAAAGAACGAGAAAACUAUUCUCCAGCAAGUUAAAUUUCCUUUUAUUAUUGACUUGGCGUCGACAGCUCACGACAACAACUCACUUUAUAUGUUGUUCGAAUACGUGUGUGGUGGCGAGUUGUUUACUUACCUCAGAAAUGCUGGCCGUUUCAGUAGCGCCACUGCAAGCUUCUAUGCUGCGGAAGUAGUACUAGCUCUGGAGUAUCUGCACAAACAACAAAUUGUAUAUCGAGAUCUUAAGCCUGAAAACCUGCUAUUAGACAAGGAAGGCCAUCUGAAGUUAACUGAUUUUGGAUUCGCCAAAAUUCUCAAUGACAGAACAUGGACGUUGUGUGGAACACCUGAAUAUUUAGCACCUGAAAUCAUCCAGAGUAAAGGCCACAACAAGGCUGUAGAUUGGUGGGCUUUAGGGAUUCUUAUAUAUGAAAUGCUAGCCGGAUAUCCGCCUUUCUUUGAUGAGAAUCCAUUUGCUAUUUACGAGAAGAUCUUGGCCGGCAAGAUUGAAUGGCCGCGACAUAUUGACCCAGUUGCGAAGGAUUUAAUUAAAAAGUUCCUGGUUCAGGAUCGAACAAAGAGAUUAGGUAAUAUGAAGAAUGGAGCUGAAGACGUUACAAGACACAGGUGGUUUAAGGGAAUCACCUGGGAAGAUGUGAUAAACAAGCGACUAAAGCCUUAACUUCCAGAUGACUCAGCAGUAGAUCUGGGAGCAUACAAUGUUAAAAAUCGAGAUUCGAUUUCUGCAGUG